ACAGCGGGGCCGGAGCUAGCGCCGCCACCAGCCCUGCGGGCCACGCCGAGGCAGGCCAUGCGCUGCCUGGCGCUCUGAGCUUUCCACCCUCCGCGCCCCGAGGGCCGUGCCGCCCGGCUCGGCCCCCCCGCACCCCGCCAGGCAGGGGGAAGGCGCCCGGCGCGAUGGUUCUCUCCGGAUCCCAUGCCGCUCGGGAUAGUGCCUCCGCAUCAAGCUGCUCUGGAUUGCAAAAGUGGAGGGGGGAACUGAAACGAAAUUUCCCCUUCCCCCCCGACAAGCACAGGUUUAAAGGAAAAGAAGAAAAAACCCAACGCCCCAAGAAGAAAGAGAGAAACUUGAGUUAAACCCCUGCUGCCCCCCACCAGCGUCCUCCCGGUUCGGCGAAGAGGGACUUGCACUGCCAUCUCGGCGCCCCAGCUCUGUCCUGCGGCCGUGGGAACUGGAGCCGAGCCCAAGCGGACAGAGGUCUGGUCCCCGCUGGAUGCGGUGGGGAUCGAGAAAUUGGCGCCCAUGCACUUUCUCUUUAGGAAGAAGACAAGUAACCAAACCACGUUGUCAAACUGCUGACCCAAGAGGGAAAUGAGAAGACUAUGUGAGGUAUUGACUGAUCUGGGAAUCGAUACAAUUUGUCUAAUGCAACAGGGAAUCAGGAGUUAAGUACAUAUAAGGGAAGAGAGGAUCUGUUUGCUGAGAGAGGACGGGACAGAUACACCUUGAUACCAAAAAUAACCCUCGGCAGCAGCGAGGUACGAGGACGGGAUCCAGAUUUCUGCAGACCACCGAAUCAAUGAAACCGUAUUUGCAAAACUGGCGCAUCGAUCCCACUUGGCAAAACGGCUCAUCGAUGGCAGCCUGCUCGUAAGCCGCUUGUAGAGCUGUCUUCUGCCCACGUCUUUCCAAACGCCCCUUGUCGCCUUUUUUUCCCGCCCACACUGUUUUUGUGAGGGAGGGAAGAUACACUUUACCCCCCUAUCGGGGAGUUAGGCCCAUCGCAAAUGGCAUCGUUUCCCGAGUCCGACUUCCAGAUCUGCCCGCUGUGCAAGGAGAUGUGCGGCUCGCCGGCUCCCCUCUCCUCCAACUCCUCCACCUCCUCGUCUUCCUCACAGACCUCCAGCUCCUCCGGAGGCGGCGGCUCCUCCUGCGGUGGCCCGCCACGGCGGCUGCACGUCCUGCCCUGCCUGCACGCCUUCUGCCGCCAGUGCCUGGAGGCGCAGCGGCACCCCGGCGCGGGGGACGCGCUCAAGCUGCGCUGCCCCAUCUGCGACCAGAAGGUGGUGAUCUCGGAGCCCUCGGGCAUGGACGCGCUACCCUCUUCCAACUUCCUCCUCAGCAACCUGCUGGACGUUGUCGUCGUGGCUGCUGCCGCCGACGAGCAGAAGAACGGCCGCGCCACCGGGGCCGGCCCCGCCGCCGGCUCCGGCGCGGGAGGAGGAGGUGGCAACAACCGCCACCACGGCCGCCCUCCGCCGCCGCACCGCGCCGCCGGCUCCUCGCCCGCUGCCGCCGCAUCGGCCGCGCCCUCCUCGACUUCGUCGUCCUCCUCCUCCUCGGGCGGCGGUUCGGCGGCGCUUCUGCUGCGACGGCCCCACAGCCGACAGGGCGAGCCCCGCUGCAGCUCCUGCGACGAGGGCAACGCCGCCAGCUCCCGCUGCCUCGACUGCCAGGAGCACCUGUGCGACAACUGCGUGCGGGCGCACCAGCGCGUCCGCCUCACCAAGGACCACUUCAUCGAGCGUUUCGCCGCUGCCGGCCCCGCUGCUCCGCUCGGUCUCAGUCCGCCCUACCCCGCCUCGCCCUACAACAUUCUCUCCGUCUUCCCCGACCGGGCUAGCUACUGCCAGCACCACGACGACGAGGUACUGCAUUUCUACUGUGAUACCUGUUCUGUACCCAUAUGUCGGGAAUGUACCAUGGGGCGACAUGUGGGUCACAGCUUUGUCUACCUCCAAGAUGCCCUACAGGAUUCCAGGACUCUCACCAUUCAGCUCCUGGCAGAUGCUCAGCAAGGACGACAGGCCAUUCAACUAAGCAUUGAGCAGGCGCAGGCUGUGGCAGAGCAGGUUGAGAUGAAAGCGAAGGUGGUACAGUCUGAAGUCAAAGCUGUGACAACUAGACAUAAGAAGGCCUUGGAAGAGCGGGAGUGUGAGCUGCUCUGGAAGGUGGAAAAGAUUCGCCAAGUCAAGGCUAAGUCGCUCUACUUGCAAGUUGAGAAGCUGCGUCAGAACCUGAACAAGCUGGACAACACCAUCAGCGCUGUUCAGCAGGUGCUGGAGGAGGGCCGCACCAUGGAUAUCCUUCUGGCCCGGGACCGCAUGCUGGCCCAGGUGCAGGAGCUAAAGAGCGUGCGAGGCCUCCUGCAGCCGCAGGAGGAUGACAGGAUCAUGUUCACCCCCCCUGACCAGGCGUUGUACAUGGCCAUUAAAUCCAUGGGCUUUGUCAGCAGCGGGGCUUUCGCUCCCCUGACCAAAGCCACUGGGGAAGGCCUCAAGCGUGCGCUGCAGGGCAAAGUGGCCUCUUUCACAGUGAUAGGGUAUGACCACGACGGCGAGCCUCGCCUUUCCGGAGGUGACAUGAUCUCUGCAGUGGUGAUGGGCCCGGAUGGAAACCUUUUUGGGGCAGAUAUCAGCGAUCAGCAGAACGGGACCUACCUGGUCAGCUACCGUCCGCAGCUGGAAGGAGAGCACCUGGUGUCUGUGAUGAUGUGCAACCAGCACAUUGAGAACAGCCCCUUCAAAGUCGUCGUGAAAUCCGGGCGCAGCUACAUAGGCAUCGGGCUGCCGGGGCUGUCCUUCGGCAGCGAGGGCGACAGCGACGGCAAGCUCUGCCGCCCCUGGGGGGUCAGCAUAGACAAAGAAGGCUACAUCAUCGUUGCUGACCGCAGUAAUAACCGCAUCCAAGUGUUCAAGCCGUGCGGGACCUUCCAUCACAAGUUUGGCACGCUGGGCUCCCGCCCCGGGCAGUUCGACCGCCCUGCCGGCGUGGCCUGCGACACCUCGCGCAGAAUCGUCGUGGCCGACAAGGACAAUCAUCGCAUCCAGAUCUUCACGUUCGAGGGGCAGUUCAUCCUCAAGUUUGGGGAGAAGGGCACAAAGAACGGGCAAUUCAACUACCCGUGGGAUGUGGCCGUCAACACGGAGGGCAGGAUCCUGGUCUCUGACACGAGGAAUCACCGGGUUCAGCUGUUCGGGCCCGACGGCAUGUUUCUCAACAAGUACGGCUUCGAAGGGGCGCUCUGGAAGCACUUUGAUUCCCCCAGAGGUGUGACUUUCAAUCACGAGGGCCACUUGGUAGUGACAGACUUUAACAACCAUCGCCUGCUGGUCAUCCACCCAGACUGCCAGUCGGCACGCUUCCUGGGCUCGGAGGGCACCGGCAACGGGCAGUUCCUGCGCCCGCAGGGAGUGGCAGUGGAUCAGGAGGGGCGCAUCAUCGUGGCUGAUUCCAGGAACCACCGGGUGCAGAUAUUCGAGUCAAACGGCAGCUUUUUGUGCAAGUUUGGCACUCAGGGAAGCGGCUUCGGUCAGAUGGACCGUCCUUCAGGUAUCGCCAUCACCCCCGAUGGCAUGAUUGUGGUGGUCGACUUUGGAAACAAUCGAAUCCUUGUCUUCUGAUAGGUGUUUGAAUUAGGAAGAAACUGUCUCAGGGAAAUUCUUCUAAGAGAAAACAAAAUACAACAUUAAUUCAAACCUACCUCAUCUUUAAUUUUUUUACAGAUGAAUGUACUUAUCUUUUCUGCAGGGAGUGAGCCUGUAAAGUUAAAUCCUAUCUACCUCAUCGUCCUCCCUCCCUUCCCAGGUUUCUCACCCCUCCCUGUCCCCACACACUCGCAGUUCAGAAUGUUUUACCUCUCCCCCUGCUGGGGUUUCAUGCACAAACAAGUGUUGCUGUGCACAUUAGGUGGUUUGUGUGGUGAAUUCUGUAGACUAAGCCAAAAAAAAAAAAAAAAAGGCUCUAUGUAAACUCUUUUAAUGGAGAAAAUGGUAGUAGGUGUUUGUAAAGAAUUUGUGUUCUUGACCGUACUGCAGUUCCGUGGGUGGGGACGUGGGGUGGGGGGAAGGCUUUUGUUGGGUUGUUUUGGUUUUUGCCUUGUUUUAAUUGCUGCUGCAGCAGAGAACUCUUUCCUGUUCUCCCUUUUAUACCUCGGUGUGUUUGAUUUUACUGGUGAGCACAGUGUGCUGCUCCCAGACACCUUUGAACCUUUUGUGGAAGUUAGUGGGAUUCAGUGGCCGGGAAGAGCAAGUUCGCAUCUUUUUGGCAUUUCUGUGUAAUUGCUUUGAAACACAGUAAUCCAACAGCACAAACUGAAGCUGAUGAAAAUGCACAAAUUCCUUAAGUGUAAACCAAAUUCUUCAUUCUCGUGGCUUAGUGCAGUCAGUCUAAAAUUUAGAUAAAAAGCUUCCUUUAAUGUAUCCUGUCUCUAGUAUCUCUUUCUGCUUUUUUUUUUCCCCACCUGAAAGCUGUAUUAGUCUGUUAAAAGUUGCUGUUUCUUUUAUCAGUGUACCUAAUCUGGGUAACAGAAGAGGUUACAAGGAGCAUUGAAACAGGGAAAAUCAAACCCUUUUGAUUUACUUUCUUGUGAAAUUACUAAUUACUAGCCCCUUGCCCCCCCCCCUUUUUUUCCCCCCACCUCUUUAGAGAGACAUUUAAGGGAAUAAUGUUUGAUGGCUAUGUUAGGACAGAAGUGGUACCUUUUUGGAGAAGUAAGAAAUAAGCACAGCUUUGGAGAUUCAGGGUGUGUUUUUGGAGAAGUCAACAGGUUGGGGUUUUUUUUUAUUUAAAGAGGAUUGCAAUAACUAUCAUGACAAAAAUGCUUUUCAUCUUCUGGCUUCCCCAAAGAGCUGGACUGAAAUACAGGAAGGUCUGCUGUAGUUCUUCGGGUGAGGUGAGACUGUAGUUCCAUGUGUCUUUUGCUAAGAUCCAAGUGAAAAUUGACCAGUACCAACAUAAGGCAAAUUGCAUCAAGAUGAAACUCUGCUGCUUUUUUUUCCAGAGCAGUACCAAAGAAAUCUGUAUAAAAUAAAUGUAUAUAACUCUUAAAGGCUUGGAGGCAGGGAGAAGUCAGCCCUUUCAGGGAUAUAAAGCCAGCUUUUCUGAGGAGCAGAAACCUUUCUUGGAGAACAGAGAUCUCUAGCAAAAUGUGACUUUGAGUCCCAGAAAAUAUUUGGGUUUAUUCUUCAGUUUCUUGCAUUGCAGUUUAGCUGUUGAUGCAGAUACGGUCUCUAGAGAGCUGUUGCUUCACCCUCGAGAUAAGGCCUUUGGUGGCAAAGGAGAAUGGUUAACGUGGGGGACAGAGGGCUUUUCUAUCUCUGCAAUGGAAAAGUUCAUCUGUCAGUAGCCUUAGGCUUGGGAAUGCUACGUUAUUUACCUUGCUGUUUGCAAGGAAGGAUCUCUGAAACACAGUCCUUAUCAAAUGGUCUGAAAAGCCUUAGCUGGCCUCCAGGGACAGCGUUCCUCUCUCUGCUAGCCACCAGGCACAAGGGUGACCUGAUGUCAGAAGGCUCUUGACGAGUUUGUGAGAAAUCACAAGGUGCACUUUCUUUCUUGCUGCUUUUCCCCUCCAAGGACUGUGAACUUUCUGGGUUUUGUAGGAAUCCUGAUGAUGUGUGCAGACGAGAGAGCUGCCACUUUAGAGAAGGCUUAAACUAGAGGACCAGAAAGACAGAUUCAUGAGAUGGCCUUUGAAAGAAGGGUGAGGGAAAAAACACCUGAAUUAAAUGUGGUAGAGUUAACUGCUGCCUUUCAGCCAGAGUCUCGAGCAGGCAAACUCUCCAAAGCAGUGUGUUUCUGUUAGGCUUGAGCUUUAGACAGCACAGUUUAAAAAUAGUCUUCAAGAGAUAAUCUUUUAGUGGCAGGUGUCUGCACAAACUUCUGUGGCCACUCCAAGUGUAGGUAGCAGGGAAAGCUAAGCUAGUUUACCUGCAGCGUGUCCGAGUUCUGCUUGCAUACAUGCCUGCCUCCUUGAGGCUGGCCUGCAGCUGGGGCAGACACCAGUCUUGUUCAGUCCAAGAAUGACUUGCAAUGUGGGACUGUGAAAACUAAUAGGCUGCAAGAUCUAGAUACCAAAGAAAACUGCUUGAAAAAAGCUUUAAUGUUUAGUUUGCAGUGUCCUGGCAUUUGUCCUAUCAUGUCUUAAUAAAAAUGCCAGGUCUCUGAAUACCUUGACCAGUCUUUAAUACCUUGAUUCAGACAGUGGUGGAGUAUGCUAGAAAUGCUCUUGUGUUUUAAUGCUUGUCCAGUUCUUGCCUUCUCUAAGACUAGAAGGGAGCUUUUCCAAGCAUAAAAAAAAACAUUGUGUGCAUUCAGGAUUUAGUUGAAUUGCAGAAACCUUUUUGCCCUUCUCCAGCCUGUACCGUGUAGGCGACAGAUGCUGAAGUUGCCCUUUUAUUUUGUAUGGAGCCAUUGCACAAACCUCCAGUCCAGCUCUGUCAGGAAGAGGAAUAACUUUAACUCUUCCUAAGUUGCUGUCUAAUUCAGUGGGAUUUGCUUACAGACCAAACCUCUCUCUAGUGUUUGACCUCAUAUGUUGGGGAGCUUUUUUGUUUCAAAAACACUGCUAUUUAGCUACCCAAAAGAAGUCCUUAUCCUUGUCAUAGGUAGUGCUAAGCACACUUGGUCUCGUUGGAAUAUGGUAGUGUAGCUUUAUAAAAGGGAGUGGUUUAUAUGCAAUGAAGAUGAGUAGCGGUAACAUACAAUGCCAAUGUCAGAUGCCCCAUAGGGGCUUUUCAGAGCGAUACAUAAACAAGAGUCAAGUCUUGCUCUGUGUUUCCAUGCAUGUUCUCGGGCUGUGCAUGCUCUCAGGUUAAGGCCCCAGCAUCACCACAUACACAGUGCAGAGAGAAGCAGCAAGGCUCUGAAGCUGGGUUGCAAACUGAACAGGCAUUCAGAGUAAUCUGAACUAGUGGAAGUGGCCUGGGGAAAGGUGAAGUGAGCUCGUUGAGCUUGUGUCUCUUCCUCUUGUGUCUGACACUGGGAAACAACAGAUGUGAGUGAUGGACCUUUCUAUUGGAACUCCCAAAGGAAUUUCACUAAGCCAGGUUAAACCAGUGGCUCUCGGUAAACUUUGCUUGACAAAACGUUGUCAGCAGUCAGUAUGGCUGGUUUGGGUUCAGCCUGUGAAGCAGUCUUGUCCUUUCUCAGACUGAAGCAGACUCACUGCUUCAGAUAACUCACUCCUUUUUAUUUAGUACCUUUUAAAUCUAACUUAUUUGUGGAAGCCCAUAAACCUUAAACUGGUAGAGAAGGGAAGGGAAGGAUGGCAACACCCAGGCUGAGUGCAGAGCGGGGCUAGAUGUAACCAAGGUAGGAGAAAGAAGAGGGAAGGCAUUUGGAUGGGGCAUACCCUUGGGAUUGCAGGGAAGUGGACCCAGUCCGUUCUGUGGCAGCUAAACCUGGUUUCUGAAGAGAGCAGGUGGAUGGGCUUUGCUUGCCAUAACUUUGAUGGGAAGAUCUUUGUUCAGGUCUGGUUUUUGAAAAGCAUUGUGCCAAAGUGUUUUGUGUUUGUUUGGGGUGCUUUUUUGUUUGUUUGGGGUUUCUGUUUGUUUUUUUUUUUUUAAGGAGUGUAAGCCAAAUGGUGCCAAAAGGUAAUAGGGUAUUUAAAGAUAGAGAUAGUUAGACAAACAGUUUGGAGCUGUAUAAAACAAAUGAACACUGGUACUUGCGUUAGACAAAUAUUGUACCUUUUGGUCUUUGAGUCCUUGGGAGUUUGAAACCCAGUUUGCUGUGGUACAAAAUGCACAACUAGAUAUGCCACUAUCUUUUUCUUGAAGUUCUACCUCACUUUGCUGAAGCAAAUCAUCUACCUCAAUUUAGCAUCAGACAGGUAUGAGAAACGAUUGAGAAUCUGCCUGGGGGAAGGAUUCAUCCUGCCCACUGGGCAAGCAUUCUAAUUGAAAAGGAGAUAAUACUAAGUGUGUACCAUGUGGUGACUUCCUGCUUUUGUUUGCUUUUGGUUUGCUGCCUUCCCGUGGACGUAGUAAGCUGUCCUUGCUAGAGAAGCUGUCGGUGAAACCAAACGUGUGUAUUGUUGGGGCAAACCGGACCAAGAUACACCUGGAACGCUGUUGCGUUCAUUCUGUUUUCACUGCAAAGAAAGAAACGGUAACCUUUGUCAGUAUUAUGACACUAGUAGCUGGCAUGACAGCCUUCGUGUUCACUUGCAAGUGUUCUUAUACCCGUGAGACCUUUAAGGUCUUCUCUACAAGAGGAAAAACUUUGAAGCAUGCCCACAAGUAAGUCCAGUUUGGGAAGACUAGCGUUAGGGUUGCUGCAAACACGAUGCUGUGUCGGAUGCUCGAAGGGAUAAGAUACUGAUCUUUGAUUUGUUUGGGUUUUGACUUGGUGAUUUUUAUUAGCAGCUUUCUUGACUCAAUGGAUUUAUUUUCUUUUUUUUUUCCACCGUGACAAAGCAAGUUCCUAUUUCUGGAGGGUGGUUUAGGUUGUGGCAGUCUCAGGAGAGGCAGUUUAAAACUAGUAUGUUGGGGGGGUUUAUGCAACUCAGUGAAAUGCAGCGAGCUCCUUGUUUUACCUGUGGAGUAAAGCUGCAGAAGCACAUUUUCAGAUGACUAUAUCCAAGUCUUUUUUUCCUCCCCUGCCUGUAAAAGGGGAUGACAGAAGUGGGUACAGGAGACCCCUACUAACAAUGGGCUGUGUUGGGUUUGGUAAAUGUUAUGGUGGAAAAUGUACAUUGAUGUCUCUAAGUGAUCUUACGGGUUAACGAGCCAAACUGGCAUCUUUUCCAUCAUUGUUUAACCAGUAAUGGUUCUAAAAAUGCUUUGUGUACCUGCAUGGUCUUAGACCUUCUAUUAAUGAUUGUAUCAACUUACAAACUCAGGUAGAUAAUUUUUUAAGCUCUUUUCAUAGAGCCUUACUGACUGAAUGUUAAGUGUCUGUGUAAUGAUGUAGUUAAGUACCUUCCUUUUGAGCUACCAGACUAGUUUAAAACAAAUAAAAUCCUUUUAUAGGUUUGUAGAGUAUUUUUCAGACAAUUAAGUAGUUUUUCCUUCAGAGAAAGAAUGUCUGUUUCUGGGUUUUGGUUUUAGUUUCUUUUCUAAGGUAACUAAAGUUUCUAACUAGUUUGUAAGGUGUUCUUAGUCACCUGAGUCGGUGGGGGUGUCUUACUGUAUGUGACUCUUGUAACUGUGCAUUACCUGUUAUGUGCUGCUUGAUUCAUACACGAUCCAUUGAAGUAGUGAGGGUGCUGAACGCAGGCCUGCAACUGAGGUCGCACAGUAAAUGGAGGUCUUGAACAAAAUUGAGGUCAUCAGCAUGAAAUCAAUGCCACAAACAUGCCAUUCCCCCCCAGAUUUUAAUUGACUGGUGAUGUAUGGCCUCAUCUUAAAACUUUAUUAGCAGUGUAGAAGUAGUGUUGCCUCGGUGCAGGUUUGCUUUGGGAUCCAGAAUGAUGUUUCUGUCCGUGGAUGUUUGGCAUCUUGAGUUGAUUCAGUUUGUAGUUGCCUCUUCUGUUGCAGGUGUUUCUUUUCUACUGUAGCGGUUGGUCAUGCUGCUCUUCUAACAGUAAAAACCUCUCAGCAGGACAGACAGUGCUCUGCUUUUAAUGAGCUGCUCAGCUUUUAUAUCUACUUGAUCAUGAGACAGGCUGUGACAACAACUUCCCAUGCUCCAAGAAGGGCAUCACAUUUCUACUGGGCUGAAAACUGACAUAAUGUAUAGAUGUCAGAUGCUGAGUAGCGCAGAGAAGAAAGCAGGACAGGUUAUGUGCAAACUUUUAUGUAGACUAAGUGAGCAGAAUGUUUAGAACCCUUGUGUUAAUGGAGGCUUCUGAAUGUAUCUUUGUGGUCCAUAGGGAAGGCUGAAGGAUGUAGCAAGGAGAUGAUGUAUCAGCUACUGGCAGCCUUAAAACAAAGUCAGUGUCUCUCUGGACUUUAAAAUGUUCCUAUGCAGUUUAUUUUAUUUUUGUUUAAUCAAAUAAAUGUGAGCUUUUUCCAUGGCAA